GCGCUGGUGGUUUGGGGAUCUAGGGUUUGACGGGGCCAGCAAAGAUCAUCAGUACGAUGAUGAUGCGAGGUGGGAGGCUGAUGGGUUUGUCUUCUCACCUUCUGGGAAUGAGGUGCUUCAGCACCGAGAUAUUUGUGAGCAGGUUAUCAUUUUACACAACAGAGGAAGAACUCAAAAAUGUCUUUUCACCAUUUGGCACCGUGGAAGAAGCUCGACUGAUGCGAGACAACCAAACUGGACGGUUGAAGGGAUUUGGUUUUGUCAAAUAUUCAUCACAAGCGGAGGCAGAAAAGGCUGUCAUGGCAAUGGAUGGAAGGAUUCUACGCGGAAGAUUAAUAUUUGUGGAGAUUGCAAAAGGACGCAAAAGCGAGUAGGGCACCCUCCAUGGCUGAAGUAGGUUGAUUUGUUGCCUCGCACUUUUAGGCUUGAUAUCUGGCUUUCGCCGACAAGACCGAUUUGCCGAAGCUUACAUUCCCAAGUUUACUGGUUUCUGGUUUCGUUGGAACAUGUUUUGGUUCAUGAGCAAGCACAUUUGAUACAGCUGGUGCAGUUCAACUUAUUUGUUCGUUUCCAUACCUGGAAGGCUGGAACACGUGUAGCGUAGUCUGCUUAUGUCAGAUGCUGGAUUCUCCGAUUACUGUUGUAACACGUAAAAGAUUAGUACUUUGCAAAAUAUUCCUAUGCGGAAGCUGAUUUUAGCUCCUA